AACAUGUGUCUAAAAGCUUCACUUGUGCUGGUUGAUGAAACGCUUGUGCUCUCACACGUGAUGCUAGUUUGAGGAAGUCUGUUUCUGUCACUUCUGUUUCACUGUAUCUGCUGUCACGAAUGCCUCAGUCUGUCGUCUAAACGUCUGGACAUGAACAUCUUUCUAGAAUCCCGCCGCUCCAUCUUAGGAGUUCUCCUGGUUUUCCUUCUCCAAGGGUCCUGUGAUGAUCCAGAUGUUGAGCUGCACAAAGCUGUGGGAGACUCGCUGGAAUUAAUCACUGAAUAUCCAAAAAAAGAUCUUGAAGUGCUGUGGAAAUAUAAUCAGAGUGUAUUUGCUGACUAUCGAAAUGAUGAUUUCCAAAACGUGAAACCUGAAUUAUUUAAAAACAGGUUAAAGAUGAAUAAGAAUAAUAUUAGUGUAACAGUAACAGACCUUAACCUCCAUGAUUCUGGAAGAUUUGUUAUUGUUGCAGAAAAUAAAACCACUUCUGUACAACUUAAGACAAAACACUUUGUACUUCGUGUUCAUGAGCUCAUCAGAGAUGUACAGAUUGUGUACAAUUAUGUCUGGCUGCAGUCAGAAAACAUCUGCAUGUUUCAUCUCUGGUGUGUGGCGUCUGGUGAUCCGAAUCCCUCCUACAGCUGGAUCAGUCCUCAGACGACUCAAGGAUCACAGCUGAACAUCAGUCUCCGUUUAGGAGAGAAAUCUACACUCAACUGCUCAGCCAAAAACACCAUCAGCAUCAAGUACACUACUGAGACUGUAGUGUGCACAGAGAUAUCUGAGGGUCAGCGCUUCUGUGUAAAAACUUAAAUGAUUCAUUUCGCUAAAGGAUUAUACAAUUUACAGAAAGAUUUCUUUGAAAUAAAGACAAACUUAGAAA